GCUAAAAGAAAAUGCAAAGCUAGAAAAAAACUAAUUUUUAAUGAUACUGCAUCCUUAUCCUCAUCUUCAUCCGAAUCUGGGUCUGACUCUAAACUAUCUAAUGAUGAUAAAGAUUUUACUGUAGAUAUG